GCCCGCGAACCUAGCCAUUCAGCCAGCCGCUGUCCCCGCUGCGCGCCCUAGCGCCUCUGCCCGAGAAGCCAGGCGCUGUUCCUGCACCGCAGAAGAUGGCAAAGGUGGCUAAGGACCUCAACCCAGGAGUUCAGAAGAUGUCCCUGGGCCAGCAGCAGUCAGCAAGAGGUGUGCCUUGUUUGAGAUGCAAGGGGACGUGUUCAGGCUUCGAGCCACAUCCAUGGAGGAAAAUAUGCAAGUCAUGCAAAUGCAGUCAUGAGGACCACUGCCUGAGCUCUGAGCUGGAAGAUGAUCGGAAAAUUGGCCGCUUGCUGAUGGACUCCAAGUACUCCACCCUCACAGCCCGAGUGAAAGGCGGGGACGGCAUCCGGAUUUACAAGAGGAAUCGGAUGAUCAUGACCAAUCCCAUUGCCACUGGGAAAGAUCCCACCUUUGACACCAUCACCUAUGAGUGGGCGCCCCCUGGAGUCACCCAGAAACUGGGCCUGCAGUACAUGGAGCUCAUCCCCAAAGAAAAGCAGCCAGUGACAGGCACCGAGGGCGCCUAUUACCGCCGUCGCCAGCUCAUGCACCAGCUCCCCAUCUACGACCAGGACCCCUCUCGCUGCCGUGGACUUCUGGAGAAUGAGUUGAAAGUAAUGGAAGAAUUCGUCAAGCAAUACAAGAGCGAGGCCCUCGGUGUGGGAGAGGUGGCCCUCCCUGGGCAGGGGGGCCUGCCCAAGGAGGAAGGGAAGCAGCAGGAAAAGCCAGGGGGCACAGAGACCACCGCUCCGACCACCAACGGCAGUAUCGGUGACCCAUCCAAAGAAUACGUCUGUGAGCUCUGCAAGGGAGUGGCCCCUGCGGACAGCCCUGUGGUCUACUCAGACAGGGCAGGCUACAGCAAGCAGUGGCACCCCACCUGCUUUGUGUGUGUCAAGUGCUCCGAGCCACUGGUGGACCUCAUCUACUUCUGGAAGGACGGUGCCCCCUGGUGUGGCCGCCAUUACUGCGAGAGCGUGCGGCCCCGGUGCUCUGGCUGCGAUGAGAUCAUAUUCUCGGAGGACUACCAGCGUGUGGAAGACCUGGCCUGGCACCGAAAGCACUUUGUCUGUGAGGGCUGUGAGCAGCAGCUGAGCGGCCGGGCGUACAUCAUCACCAAGGGCCAGCUUCUGUGCCCAACUUGUAGCAAGUCCAAACGGUCCUGAAGGGCUGCCCGUCCACAGCCAGAAUCCACAGGAUCCCAUCAAGGAGGAGAGCCAUGUGUGCUCACAUCAUCCUAAGGGUCUGAUGUGACAGCCAGCAAGCAAUGAAAACAGUGAUUUUUUCAGUGGGAAUAUAUAUAUAUAUAUACACACACACACAUAUUCUAGGUUGGGUGGUAGAUCCUUGAGGGUCAGUAGUUUCAAAGCCAGCAUGUUCUGAGAGGUCUUAGAUGGGGUUAUUUUGUUGUUGUUGUUGUUGUUUCUCACCUACCAACUACAGGCACAACUGGCAUCCUGCAAGGGGAUCUCUAGGAGCUUCCCAAAAUGCAGUUCGGAGUGAUCAGAUCAUGUAGCUGUAGGAUGUGCGUGCUUUCUCAUGAACAUGGGGGCUCCUCCAGGAGCUGGCUGAUAUUCCAACAAUCAUUUGUGGCCUUCUUUUCAAAUGGAAUUUGAGUUUUAAAUAAAAAACAUUUUUGGCAUGAUGAUCUUAUCAAUAAAAGUCUUACGAAGUCCA